CUGGAACUGGGGUUGAACAUGAAGCGGCUGCUGGCACUUUGCUGUCUCCUUGCCUCGACCUUCGCCUUACAAAGGGUGCCCAUUAAAAGGAUGCCAUCCAUACGUCAGUCGUUACGGCAACUUGGAUUGCGACCCACUGAUCUCCUCCGGGUGGACAGGAACAGCAGACUCUCUGGGAAGGUCCCGGGAAAUAGAACCGCUCCUACAGUCCUCACAAACUAUCUGGAUACCCAGUACUACGGGGAGAUCGGCAUUGGCACUCCCCCACAGACGUUCAAAGUCGUCUUUGACACCGGCUCGGCAAAUCUUUGGAUUCCAUCUGUGAGGUGCUCCCUUCUCUACUCUGCCUGUUCUUCCCACAACAGGUACGACUCGUCAUCUUCAAGGUCAUAUGAGCCGAAUGGCGCAGGAUUUGCUAUCCAGUAUGGAUCGGGUAAUGUCAGGGGAUUCCUCAGCCAAGACAUCGUGAUGGUGGCCAAUAUUCCGGUGAUCCAGGUUUUCGCGGAGGCUGUGGCCCUAUCGACCGAUCCCUUCAUCUUUGCUAAGUUCGAUGGGGUCCUGGGGAUGGGAUUUCGAACCAUCUCCAUCGAUGGCAUCCCUCCCGUGUUCGACAGGAUUUUGGACCAGCACGUUCUUAAGGAGGAGGUCUUUUCAGUCUAUUACAACAGGGAUUCCUAUGGCUCUCCUGGCGGAGAGCUAAUUCUGGGAGGGACAGACCCAUCCUAUUACACUGGAGAUUUCCACUACCUGCAACUCAGCAAGAAAGGAUUUUGGCAGAUUGAGAUGAGAGGGAUUUCCGUUGGGGGCGAGAUACUGUUCUGCAGCCAGGGCUGCGCAGCCAUCGUGGAUACCGGAAGCUCGUACAUCUCAGGCCCGGCUGCUGAGAUCUCCUCCAUUGUAACCUCAAUCGGAGCCACUUCCUUGGCGGAGGGAGAGGUAAGGCUGAUAGACCCCUCACUCAACCCACUGGUAUAUAACCCUCCUAUGUCAGAGGUCACACAGAGCCAACGAGAGGCUACAGAGUGCUGUGAAGACCACAGUCCACACAGUUGUAGGAAGUAG